CGGUGCAACCGGCUAUUCUCGUAACAUGCUUCAGAGCAUUUCAGUUGCCUGUUUCAAAACGUCAUCUUAGGUGAUCGUUUGUUCACGAAAAUAAUUUCUGUAAAUACGGUUCACCACCGACUAAAGGUGGUGAUGAAAAGAAAGCAUUUGCAGUAAUGGCGUCGGCAUUGGAGCAAUUUGUAAAUAACGUGCGGACGUUCUCGAAACAAGGUAAUUUUAGAGAACUGUCUGAGAUAAUAACUAAAAGUACAGAUGUUUUAAUAAAAAAUGGACAACAUUUAGAUAAUGUUUUGGAAACAUUAAAUCUGCAAGAGCACUCAUUAGGAAUUUUGGCAGUAUUGUGUGUGAAAUUUUCAUUGUCUAAUCCUAAUGGUGCAAACAAUGCUGAUGCUUAUAAACCACUAUUUAAUCAGGUUCAAGAAUUUAUCAUUGGUUGUAAUGGAGAACAAGUUAGAUUUGCUUCUGAUAUAUAUGCAGAAUUAUGUCACAUAUUUACUCAAACACUGGUUGAACUACAAAUACCAUUGCGUGGUAUUGAAUUAUUGUGCCGUGCAAUACGUAAAAUACAAUUAUUUGAUAGCCAACUUACAUCAAUACAUGCUGAUCUUUGUCAACUAUGUCUUCUUUCUAAAUGUUUCAAGCCAGCACUUGAAUUUCUGGAUAUAGAUGUUACUGGUAUCAGCCAAGAAGAAGGACAAUUUGAUUCGAAAUACUUUUUACUUUAUUAUUAUUAUGGUGGUAUGAUAUACACAGCACUAAAGAAUUAUGAUAGAGCAUUAUACUUUUUUGAAGUGUGCGUAACAACACCUGCCAUGGUAGUUAGUUACAUUAUGUUAGAAGCCUACAAGAAGUUUAUUCUGGUCUCUUUAAUUUGGAAUGGGGCAGUCUUAAGCCUACCUAGGUACACAAGUCAAGUGGUGUAUAGGUACAUGAAGCCACUGGGUCAGCAUUAUCAAGAAUUGGCUAUUGCUUACGAGAGGAAUAGUUGUGAGGAGGUACAGAAAAUUAUCACCAAAUAUCAACCUCUGUUCACAAGAGACCACAAUAUGGGGCUGGUGAAACAAGUGCUCAGCUAUUUAUACAAGAAAAACAUACAAAGGUUGACAAAAACUUUUUUGACUCUUAGCUUAAGUGAUGUGGCUAGUAGGGUUCGUUUGUCUGGACCUGCUGAUGCAGAAAAAUACAUAUUAAACAUGAUAGAGGAUGGUGAAAUUUUUGCAACAAUCAAUCAAAAAGAUGGUAUGGUAGUGUUUCAUGAUGAUCCAGAGAAAUACAAUUCACCACAGAUGUUGGCAAAAUUAGAAAAGGAAAUGGCAGCAUGCAUGGAAUUGGAUAAACGAGUUCUUGAAAUGGAGGAAGAAGUUGUUCUCACACCACAGUAUGUUCGAAAAGUUUGUGGACAAAAUGAUCAAGAUGAUCAGACAGCUCCAACAAAUGUAACAAAUGUGCAAGGUCAAUCUAAACAUAGCACCUAUUCCAUGUAACAUAUACACGUCGUUGUGCGUUAUCUUUAUUAAAAAAGAGAAAAAAGAAUGAAGCGAAUCUUGUUAAAAGCGUGGUCUUAAACACUUA